AUGGUCUGCACGUCCUACAUGACCGUCGUCGGCAUGCUGGCCGCCCUCGCCCUGGGCGCCACGGAGGCCACGCUGCCCGGCGUUUGCUACGCGCCCUGGCACCAUGACACUGUGACUAGCGACGUGCUGGCCACGGACAUGGCCCAGAUCGCCCAGUACUUCUCGGCCUUCCGCUCGUUCCAGGCGCAAUACAGCGGCAUCAACGUGAUCGAGACAGCGGCCAACGCCGGCCUCAAGGUGGCCGUGGGCGUGCAGCUCACGGACUCGUCGGCCAUCGACACGGAGAUCGAGGCCGUGUGCGACGGCUACUCGUCGUACCCGGACGCCAUCGAGGCCGUGUACGUCGGUAACGAGGACCUCGUGAACGGCGACUACGGCACCUUCAGCGCCGACACGCUGGCCGGCUACAUCUCGCAGGUCAAGGCGUGCACCAGCAACGCCGUGCCCGUCGGCUCGGUGCAGCGCAUCAACGAGUGGUUGAACGCCGACGGCGCCUCCACGCUGGCCGCGGCCUGCGACGUCAUCGGUGUCAACAUCUACCCGUUCUUCACCGAGGGCGACGACUCCUCCGUGACCAAGCUCGAGGCCCAGUGGGCGCAGAUGCUGGCCGCCGGCUACGACGAGAGCACCAUGCACCUGACCGAGACGGGCUGGCCGUACGAGGGCGAUGACUACGAGGGCAACUCGCCGUCCUACGACGGCAUGCAGCAGUACCUGGACGACUGGGCCACCUGGUCCUCGAGCGUGCAGUCCAGCUACUGGUUCAUGAUGUACGACACCACCACGAGCUACACGGGCGCCAACUACGAGACCCACUUCGGUGUCUUCGGCGACGACAUGCAGCUCCAGCACCGGCACGACGACGACGACGUCCACCACCUCGUCCACCACCAGCGACGACGCCACUCAGCAGCAGACCACGCAGAGCUCGGCGUCGACCACCACGGACGACAGCAGACCGUGACGGAGUCUUCAGCGUCCACGACGACCGAUGACUCGACGCAGCAGCAGGACCAGACCGUGACGGAGGCUUCGGCUUCGGAGGAGACGGCGACGGUGACGGAGACGGCCACGCCCGCCCCGACCACUUCGACGUCGGUGGACGCCUCGGAGGAAGAGGACGACAGCACCGUCACGGCCACCGACAGCCCCACGGUGACCGUGGCGACGACCACGACGACGUCGACCACUGCCAACUGCGCCAUGUAA